AUGAAGCCCCCCAAGGCAGGAGGAGGCGCCGCUGAGCGCCCAGGGGCCGGCGGGGAGCUGGAGGCGGCGCUGGGCGAGUUCGAGGCGGCGCUGGAGGACUUCGCGGCGCCCCCCGCCCGCCAGCAGCGGGGCCACUCCGAGCAGCCCCUGCGGCGCACCAAGCGGACCAGCAGCGCCCAGAGUGCAGACUCACUCUACAGGAACAGUUUCAGCCUUAGCAAUGAGAAGCUGAAUUCCCCAACCCUGCCAGCUCCAACCACAGCCACUUCUGAAAUAGUAACUCACAAAGCAAAGCUUGGAGACACAAAAGAACUGGAAGAGCUUAUUGCUGACCUGGACAGGACCUUGGCAAGUAUGUGAAAAAGCUGUUUGGGCAGAAAUGUGUGGUGGAGACUGAGCUGAU